AUGCCGACUAAAUCGGCGGUCGAGGCCGCCAUAGGCGCCGACGAUGAGCUCGGCGAGGAGCUUCUGGAGAGCCUUCGGGACACGGGUAUGUACAAUUUCGCAUCCGAGUUUGACGUGAUGCAGGAACACAUGGGUACCCCGGACGACGGGCCAGGUCCGUCGGGUCUGGACACGGAACUCGCGUUCAACGACGAGGGUGGUCACGUGCUGGGGGACCUGCCCUCGUCCGCCAUGAAAGCUGCGGGCGAACCCAUCGUGGUGGGGUUAGGGAACGAGAUCGUGGGCAAAGCGGCGGUCACCGCCGCGACCGAGGCGGUGAAUCACGCGCGGCAGCGGAUCGACAUGGUUACAUCCGAGGGCGGUCUGGACGGCGCCGGCGCGGGGGAUCCCUCGUCGCCGCCGCGGGCGUCGGCUCGGGCCUCCGCGGGUGGGGCGGUGACGCCGACGCCCGAGCCCAACUCCGCGGCAAAGCGGCGACGAAUCUCCGCGGGCGCCACGGGCGGCAGCACGCCGGGUCCCAGCGCCGCGGGGCUGAGCACUGCGGAGAAGGAGAAGGGGGGCAAGGGCCUCAGGCACUUCUCCAUGAAGGUUUGCGAGAAGGUUGAGAGCAAGGGGACCACCACCUACAACGAAGUCGCCGACGAGCUCGUCGCCGAGUUCUCCAAGCCCGACGAUCCGAAGUUCUGCGCGGACCAGGCGUACGAUGAGAAGAACAUCCGCAGGCGCGUUUACGACGCUCUCAACGUCUUGAUGGCGAUGGACAUAAUCUCCAAGGAGAAGAAGGAGAUCACGUGGAAGGGUCUGCCGGCGACGGCGAAGGAGGACGACAUGGAAGCCUUACGCGCGGAGAAGGCUCGGGCGCAGGCGAGCAUCGAGAAGAAGAACGCGUACCUUUUAGAGCUGGUGGAGCAGUACAAGUCGUACCAGGCUCUGCUGCAACGGAACGCGGCGAGAGCCGCCGCCGGCGUGGUGCCGAGCGGGAUCCAGCUGCCGUUCAUCCUGGUGCAGACGAAACCCAACGCGACGGUGGAGGUGGAGAUUUCCGAGGACCAGCAGAUUGUUCACUUUGACUUCAACUCGACGCCGUUCCAGAUACACGACGGGAAUUUUGUGCUGGCGCAGAUGAACCUCACAGAGAACUCGAUGGCGAACCUGAACCUGGAUGCGGAGGUCAAGGCCGAGCCGAUUAACGGCCACGGGCUGAACGGCGGGGACGACGCGCUGGUGGGCGAGUUGGUGGGUGGACCGAGCGCGCACGGGUCCCCCAAAGGGAAGGUCAAGGGGAAAGCUAAGGGGGAGGCGACGGAGCCUGAGGUGAAGAUCGAGGGCGGCCGCCGAGGGAAGAAAAAAUAG